ACACGAUUCUCUCACUUUUGGCUCGAAUUAGGCUUUAAAACCGACUUUCCCGAGUUGCACGGCCAGGUGCACGGCCGUGCACAACACCAUUCUGGCCGUGCACCCUCAAAACGCACCGUAUCAAUUAUUCGGCCUUCAUCCACCUUGCACGGCCAGGCGCACGGCCGUGCAAGCUUCAAGCCUGCCCGUGCAUGGCCUCGACAUGAGGUGCACGGCCAAAUGGCUCAAGUGCACGGCCGUGCAGCCUCCUGGUCUGCCCGUGCACUCCCCAAACAGCUCGCCCUUCGUCCGUUCUGCGUCCAAUCGACCCCAGACUCGCUCCUAAGCCUUCAUUCACGUACUAGGACCUGAAAUAACACAAACAAGCACAACCUAGCGUGAAAUCGGCCUAAAACACG